UGCGCGCAAGUCAGGACGACGGACAAUUUUUGAAUGAAAUAAACGGGAGAAACUCCCUUGUUUUGUCGUGUUCAUGCAACAAGGGUUGCGCGGUCCCGAAUUCUAUCCGCAAAGCUGAGGUUUUCCGGUCGUCUUUCCCGACAAGUGAUAACGCGAUGGGCUGCAAUUCGAGCAAAGAAUCGGCUCCCCAAAAUGAAGCCGACGAUAACAACAAAGAAAACGAAGAAAAAUCAACCGACGACGGCAAAGCGCCUGCCGAGGAAAACACAGUGGAAAAUCACCUGAUCGAUUCGGCGCGUAGCGACACCAAAUCGAGUUCGGCAAAGACGAUAACGUUGCGUUCGAACGGUACAGCGAAAUCGAUAGAGGACCCGCAGGACCCGAGCAACCGGGUGUCGGCUACCGAAGAGACCGACGUCGCUUUGAAGACCGCCGACGAGGAGGAAGCGGCGACCAAGAUCCAAGCCGCUUUUCGGGGUCACAAGACGCGGAAAAGCAUGAAACAACCGGCAGCUAACGAGGAACGCGAACCUACCAGGGAAGAAUUGGAAAACGAAUUUCGACUCGACGAUGCAGAACUUUGUAAUGCCGCGACAAAGAUCCAGGCAUCCUUCAGGGGCCACAUGUCGAGGAAACAGAUCGAUAAGAAGGGAGACGUGAGCUGUUCUAGCAAAGAAGACAAGUUAAACCAGGAUGAUGCAGAGAAUGUCGACAACAUAGAUCUGACCGAUCCCGAACUCAAUAAGGCGGCUGCGAAAAUCCAGGCUUCAUUCCGGGGUCACAUGACACGCAAGGAGCUGCCAGAUGAAGUCAAAACCGCUUCAAAAUAGACAGAUAGAG